UGAACAGAUUAAAACUGUGACGGAACAGAAUAUGAAAUAUGGCAGCAGCCUCAGUUCUACUGAGCGUCAAAAGACAACACUUUUGAUGGAAAAUACUUUCAUUGAGAAAAACUUAAGUGGAAAUGAGAAUGGUACUUACCUUGGUCUGGAUCUUGGUGGCACCAACCUGCGUCUGUUCCGGGUGAAGUUUGUUAAUGGUAAGGCAGACACCUGUCUAAAAUAUUACAAGAUGCCAGCAGAAUGCUUUAAGGGUUCCAGUCUUCAGGUAUUUGAAUUUAUGGCUGACUGUAUCAAAGAAUUUCUAACUUAUGAUAACCUUGAUAAUUGUGGACGUCUGCCAUUGGGCUUCACAUUUUCAUUUCCCUCAACGAAGAAGAGUCUGACCGAUGUGGAACUGAUUAUCUGGACGAAAACCUUCAAAUGCACCGAUGGCCCUGGAAUGAAUGUUGGUCAAACACUUGAAGACUGCUUGAAGAGAAAGAAUAUUCCAGUUGAUUUGGUGGCAAUAAUAAGUGAUGUUACAGCCGCCUUGGUCGCUGGUCACUACUUGGACAAGCAGAGUUGUAUUGGACUCAUACUUGGAACUGGCUGUAAUGUCUGCUACAUAGAAAAUGUUAAAUCCAUCGAGAAAUGGCAAAGUGAGACUGACAAAUCAAAAAAGGUCAUCAUCAAUAUUGAAUGGGGAGGUCUGUCUGAUACUGGAUGCCUGAGUUUCAUCCAAAAUGAAUUCGACUACGAAGUAGAUAAACUUUCCAACCAUGUUAACUCGUUCACAUUUGAGAAGAUGUUUUCAGGCCUUUAUCUCGGUGAAUUGGUGCGGCAGGUUUUGGCCGACCUGACAAAGAAGAAAAUCCUGUUUAAAGGUGAGGGGUCUGACAAGCUAUUUACCCCCUGGUCAUGGGACACAUCAAAUGUAUCAGACAUUGAAAGAGACAAAGAUGGAAGUGAUGAAAAUACUAAGAAAGUUCUAGAUUCCUUUGAUCUUGGAGGAGUAACAUCAAAGAGAGAUCUGGUACUCGUUCAGUUUGUCUGUUCUUUCAUGUCUCAAAGAGGAGCCUAUGUUCUGUCAGCAGGUAACUUCAUUCAUUCAUAUUUUUUACAUCACGCCCACCAAGCCUUCUUCCCUUAACCCUUUUGUGUGUGU